UUGUCCUUACUUCUCCUACAUCUGCAUAUUCCAACAUCUCAUAAGAAUAGCUAAUAUGAAGCUCGACGCUACUGAAUUGAGAUAUGUGCUGCCGGACGAGUUCCGAGUGCUGCAAGCUGUCGAGACGGGCUCUAAGAAUCAUGAAGUUGUACCUACCCAGUUGAUCGCUCAGCUUAGUAAAAUCACCGGAGGAAACGUCAACAAGUGUUUAGGCAGUCUCGCCAAGCGAGGUUUGGUUUCCAGGGUACAAGGAGCGAAAUACGAUGGUUACCGUCUGACCUACGGAGGUCUGGAUUGGCUUGCUCUGAAAGCCUUUUCGAAACGUGGAACGGUUACCUCGGUCGGACAGAGGAUCGGUGUUGGUAAAGAAGGAGAUAUUUCCAUCAUCAAGGGGAAGGGCACCAACGCAUGGAAUGAAGACGAACUUGAAGAGCAGGAGAUCCAGACGACUGGUGAGGAGGAGACGAGAAUCUUGAAGAUCCAUCGAUUGGGACGAAUAUCGUUCAGAGCAAUCAAGACGAAGCGGGACUACCUAGGAACCAGAAAGUCCGCUAGCUGGAUGUACAUGUCUCGUCUCGCUGCCAGGAAGGAAUGGGAGUUCAUGAAGGUGCUCUAUGAAUAUGGUUUCCCCGUGCCGGAGCCCUUUGAUCAAGGAAGACAUUGUAUCGUUAUGUCGCUUGUUGAAGGAUUUCCUCUACGACAAAUCUCCGAGCUACCCUCUCACGUGACUCCAGCCCUCCUCCAAGCGAAAUUGAUGCAGCUCAUCGUACGAUUGGCUCGAGUUGGUUUGAUCCAUGGAGACUUCAACGAGUUCAACGUCAUGAUCAAAGACAAGUCUUUCGAGCCGGUAGUCAUCGAUUUCCCUCAGAUGGUCAGCGUUGGACACGAGAACGCGGAAUACUUCUUCAAUCGCGAUGUGGAAUGCGUGCGGAGAUUUUUCCGUCGUCGAUUCCGAUACGAGUCAGACGAAUGCCCGGAUUUCCGACAGACCAUGGCUGAUCUUGCGGAUGAACUGGCGGGCCGAGCGGAACCCGAAAGCGGUCUCGAUCCGGAGCUGGACGACGAUGAGGUUUUCGAGAGAUCUGACAAGACGAUCCUCGCACGUCGUGGAAAGGUCAGACUGGACGAACUGGUAGAAGCCAGUGGCUUUGCCAGGAACAUGUGGCAGGAUCUCGAACAGUAUAUGAACGAUGUGUCUGCUGAGCCCGGUGAAAACGACGUCUCGAGUGAGGGAGAAAGCGAGGAUGAUGAUGAGGAUGAGGGGCAAGAGCGCCUGAGCCGAAAGUUGAAAGCCAAGAUGUCUAUCGCCGAUGGAGACGAGGCACCAGAGCUGCACGACAACGAUGAAGACGACAGCGAGGAGGACGAUGACGACGAUUCGGAAGAGGAAUCAUCUUCAGAUGAGGAAAGCAUCAUCACACCUUCGACGACGGCAACGCACAAGCGAAAUCUUCGGGAUCCCAAGGCGCUUCAGAACAUCGUCGCCGGGGAUAUCGCUCGGGCUCGCUCCAGCGCCGAGAAACAACACCACUCGAAAAAGGCUCUUCACUCUGCCGGGAAAGCAAAGGGUUCCAAGUGGAAAUCGAGUCCCUCCAUCAUGGUCGGGAAGAGCGGGGACAAGUCUGGAUGGUCGUGAUUCUUUGGUAUAAA